CUCUCUCUCGCUCUAAUAAACACAUCCACUCUCCCACCCUGCUCCAAAAAACAGAUGUCAGGAGGAGCUUUUUAAAUCAAGAGACGUCGGGGAAGAAGAACUCGUCUGUGAAGUCAUCUGCAGAGAAAACGGUGAUGGCGGUGGCGAUCUCCAGGGAUCUGACGGUGCAGGUGCUGGAGGAUGUGAACUCUGUGAAGCUGUCGGACCGACAGCAGGCUCUACGUGCUGCCAUCCAAAAAGGAGAACCCAAAAGUCUGGGGGUGGCUCAGGUGAUGCUGGGACUGAUGGUUAUGACUUACUCGAUUCCCCUGCACUGCACUGAGGUCACUGAGGUGGUGCUCCUCGGCGUCCCCUGGUGGAGCGGACUGAUGUUCAUCAUAGCAGGAGUGACUGCCAUCAUCCUGGACAAACAGGGCACCAUGAACAUUCUCCGUGUGUGUUUUCUGGUGAGCGUGGUGUCCACCUUGCUGUCUGUGGUGGCUGUGAUCAUCUACUCUGUGGACAUCGAUAGGAACGUAGGUCCGCUCUGCGUGAAGUCUCAGCAUAACAGCUGCAACCUGAGAUACUACGCCAUGAAGAUGAGCAAAGGGUUGAAGUCGUCCCUCCUCGUCUUCACGUUGGCUCAGACGGUGGUAUCCUCCAUUGUCUGUUUCCUCCUCUUCAGACAGCGACGCAACUUCGGACAGUAUGCUUCUCUCUCUGAUGGUGGUCCCUCCACACCCACAUUACUCCCCCCCCCCGACCUGAACUGAUCUCUGAUAGGACCAGCAGACAUCAAUCACCUGAUGAUCAGAUUCAAUAUUCCUACAUGUUUUUAACAUUAUCAGCUGUGUCUGACAUGAGACCAGCUGAGGGGCACAAAAGUUAAAAUGUUUUCACGACAGUCAGAAUAUUUGAACACUUUAGACGGAUGAGAGAAGAAAUCCUUUAAACUUAAAAAAUAGUUGAUACAACAAACAUUAAACAAUACUACGAACAUAAAAGUUGACAAAUGUGUGUUUAAGUUCCCUUAAAAUGUGUUUGAUUUUUAAAACAAUAGGACUGCACAGGUGAGGAGGAAAUGCAAAGACAGGCUUAUUAGCACCCCCUGUCUGCUGUCUCCUGUUUCCUGAGUAUCGAGUGUUCCCUGGAAGUGUGUGUGUGUGUGCGCGUGUGUGUGUGCAUGUGUGUGAGUGUGAUUUUAAUUAAUAUCAUGUGCACUGUUUUACUUUAACCUCAGAUAUAAUAAAGAUUUGUUUUUGUACUAACUCUAUGAUAAAGUUUGUUUAUUUUAUAAAGAAUAAAAUCAUAUUUACUGAUAAAUACAA